GAUUGGCUAGAACAAGUGUCACUCAUUAAGCGCUCUGUAACUAGCUAGCUAAGCAUGUGGAUCCUCAAUGAGCACUGUUUAGCGUGACAAGUGUGCCUCUUGGGCAUCAAUAUGAAGACAGAAGAAGGCACUAUUUGACAGAUCAAUAACAAAGUUGGAGUUUAUCUCACUGGCAUUAUUGCAAAUGUAGCUAGAUACCCAGACAUCGAUUUAAGUGGAAAUCGCAAGUUUUAAGCCACAGUGAGUUAGCUAACGCUAGCCAUAACGAGACAGCAAAAAUGAACUUGUCUUUUGACGAUCAUUCACUGGAUAAUCUGGAUCCAACCCUAUCCCUAAAUGACCCCAGCGAUAUUGACACGGCUCUGCUCAAUGACAUUGAUGAUAUGCUGCAGCUCAUCAACAACCAGGACAUGGUGGAGUUCAACCAGGACAUGGCUGGUAUCUUUGACCCCCCUCAGUUCACAGGGGUCACCCCUACCCAGGACCUCCCUGUCCCCGGCCUGCCCCACUCCAUCCCCUCCCCUCCAUCCUCCACAUCCACCUCCAUCCUGAGCAGCAGCCCCCACCUUGAUGCUCUCCUGGGGCCUCCCAUCAUCCGUAGUUCCUCCCCCCCAGACAAGGCCUUCCACCCACCCACCUUCCAGCAGUCGCCCCUGGCCCAGGUCACCACCUCCACCCCUGUACCACUACCCAGGCCGCAGCAGCAGCCAGCACCCCAGCAAAGCUCUCCGUCAGCCCAGGCUGCUCAGGGUCUCAGGCAGCCCAAGGUGGACCAGCCCCAGCCCCUGCCGGUUCUCUCCCCCCCAGCCCCUGUUCCAAUCCAGCUUCCUCCCCCAGCCUCCACCUCCCACACUGUACCCGGCCAGAGCCCCGUGUUCAGUGCCGCCCCCCAGGCCCUGUUCACCUCUCCUGCACCCCAGCAGCAGCAGCCCCAGGCUCAGCCACUGCCCCAGCCCCAGGUCCAUGCCCAGCAGAUCCGGAUUAAUUACAGCACCCAGAAUGGCUACAAAGCUGUCAAUCAUCAAGGAGGCCCCGCCCAGCCCAUGGUAAGCCUGUCAUCGACCCCUUCCGGCGUUCAGCCAAUGACCAUCCAGGCUCUGACCACCACGGCCCCCCUCCUGACCACCUCAGCAAGCCCCCCUGCUCAGACCAUCGCAUCACACCACGUUCAACAAGUGUUGCUCCAGCCCCAGUUUAUCAAGGCUGAGUCUCUGCUGCUGACCACCCUGAACCGUGACCCCUGCAUGGUCACUACUGUGGCCUCUCCCUGUAUCACCUCCCUGGCCACCACCACAUCCCAGAGCACCCACUCACUACAGGCUCUGAUGAGUGGUGGCACCUUCCUGACCACGGUGCCAGUGAUGAUGGACUCUGACAAGCUGCCCAUCAACCGUAUCACAAUCAGCAGUAAGCCUAUGGGCCUGCCCCCCAAGGGCGAGAAGCGCACCGCCCACAACGCCAUCGAGAAGCGCUACCGCUCGUCCAUCAACGACAAGAUCAUUGAGCUUAAAGAUCUGGUGGCCGGGACUGAGGCCAAGCAGCUCAACAAGUCAGCAAUUCUGAAGAAGGCAAUAGACUACAUCCGCUACCUGCAGCAGUCCAACCAGAAACUAAAAGCAGAGAACAUGGCCCUGAAGAUGUCUGCCCAGAAGAACAAGUCUCUGAAGGACCUGGUUGCCAUGGAGGUGGACGGCCCACAGACGGACGUGAAGAGCGAGCUGCCCACCCCUCCACCCUCCGACGUGGGCUCUCCCACCUCCUACUCCCACUGUGGCAGCGACUCAGAACCUGACAGCCCCAUGGGGGAGGACAGCAAGCCGGCGGUCAAUCUGAUGGACACGUCAUCGUCCACCCCGGGCGGCGCUGGCAUGCUGGACCGCUCCCGCAUGGCGCUGUGCACAUUCACCUUCCUCUUCCUCUCCCUCAACCCCCUGGCCUCCAUGCUGUGUGGAGGGAUGGGCUCCAGCACCACCGCUAACAACGACGCAGUGCAUCCUGGGACAGGCAGGAACAUGCUGGGCCUAGACAACGCAGCUGACUUGUGGAGCUGGAUGGACUGGAUGCUGCCCACUCUGUUGGUGUGGCUGCUGAACGGUGUGCUGGUGGCUGGGGUUCUGGUCAGACUGUUGGUCUAUGGAGAGCCAGUCACCAGGCCACACUCUGGAUCCUCCGUGCUGUUCUGGAGGCACCGCAAGCAAGCAGACCUCGACCUGGCACGGGGAGACUUUGCCCAGGCCAGUCAGAACCUAUGGACCUGCCUCAAGGCCCUGGGUCGUCCCUUACCCACCUCUCAGUUGGACCUGGCCUGUGCCGCCCUGUGGGCCCUGCUCCGCCUCUGCCUCCAGCGCCUGGGGGUGGGUCGCUGGUUGGCUGCCAGGGCCGGGGGGCUCCGCGCCAGGGGGCUCCGGGAGGACGCGCGUAAGAGCAGCCGCGACGCUGCCCUGGUCUACCACCGCCUGCACCAGCUGCACAUGACUGGUAAGCUGGGCGGUAGCCACCUGUCUGCCGUUCACAUGGCUCUGAGUGCUGUAAACCUAGCAGAGUGUUCAGGCUCCUGUCUCCCCGUGGCCACGUUAGGAGAGGUCUACGUCUCCGCAGCCCUACGAGUCAAAGCCAGCCUACCCAGACUCCUUCACUUCUCCUCCCGUGUGUUCCUGAGCAGCGCCCGCCAGGCGUGUCUCUCCUCCAGUGGCAGUGUCCCCCCGGCCAUGCAGUGGCUCUGUCACCCUCUGGGCCACCGCUUCUUUGUGGACGGGGACUGGGCCGUCCGCAGCACACCCAAAGAUAGCAUCUACAGCCAGGCAGGGAACACAGUGGACCCUCUGGCCCAGGUGACCCAGGCCUUUAGGGAGCACCUGUUGGAGAAGGCUCUAUACUGUGUGGCCCAGCCCCGGGGGGAGAAGACCCCCAGUGAUGGAGAGGGGGAGUAUGCAGAUGCUCUGGAGUACCUUCAGCUGUUGACUAGUGCAUCAGACGCCGCCGGAGCCACCACCCAGUCCUUCGCCAUCGGAUCCAACAUGGCUACCGUCACUGGCUGUGACCCUCAUUCCAAAUGGUGGUCGUCAGUUGCCGUGGUGAUCAUUAACUGGCUCCAAGGAGACGACGCAGCGGCCGAGAGACUGUACCCCGCUGCUGAGCACCUGCCCCGUAGUCUACAGACGGCAGAGAGUCCGUUGCCCAAGGCGUCUUUGAACACGUUCCGAGCGGUGCGCGCCAUGCUGACCAAACCAGAGAACUGCCAACUGAGUCUGAGCCACAGUGAGAAGGCCAGCGGCCUGCUGAGAGACAGCCUCAACCUGGGACCACACUGUCACAGCAGCAGCCUAGACAAGGUGGUCCAGUUGCUGCUGUGUGACCUGCUGCUGGUGAUGCGGACCAACGUGUGGCGUCUGCAGCAGAGCUCCAAUCCCGGGGGUCUCUCCUUGCAGGCCUCCCCGGCCGAGCUGCACGGCUUCCAGCAGGACCUCUCCUCCCUCAGGAAGCUGGCCCAGAGCUUCAGGCCUGCCAUGCGCAGGUUGUUUCUUCAUGAGGCGACCGCCAGGCUGAUGGCUGGAGCCAGUCCCACGCGAACACACCAGCUCCUGGACCGCUCGCUCAGACGCAGAGCCACCCCCGGAGCCAAGACAGAGGAGUGUGAGAUGCGUCCUGGCCAGAGGGAGCAGGCUGAGGCGGUGAUGUUGGCGUGUCGCUACCUGCCCCCCUCCUUCCUGUCGGCACCUGGCCAGCGGGUGGGCAUGCUUGCUGACGCAGCCCGUACCCUGGAGAAGCUGGGGGACAAGCGUACCCUCCACGACUGCCAGCAGAUGAUCAUUAAGCUGGGCAGCGGCACCACUGUCACCUCUGCCUAGACUAUACAGAGCGAGACAGAGAGACCAGCUCCCCCCCCACACACACACACACAAAUGGAUGAAGGCGGUUUUUGGCAUUUGGCCUGCAGCUGACGAACAGACAUACAGACAGUCUGCCUAGACACUGAGAAUCAUAUCAGACAGACAGACAGACAAAUAAACAUACUUGACAGUUACCUGCCGUCGGUUUCAUAUCACCCCUUAUCCCUGAUUCACCUAUCAGUACAGUAGACAGCUCGCAGACUGACAGUUUAGCAGGGGAGGACCUCACCUCUCCUUCACCCCAAUAAAGUGUUGCCAUUGACAGUGUUGACAUGAUCUGUCAUGUAACCUAGUCAUCCUCACCAGAAUAUAUAGGUUCAUAUUUCUGUUUCUUUUCUAUUACCCUGUGUGAAAUGCACUGUAGUGGCAGAGUUUGUCCGCUAGGUGGGGUUGUGGCGCCCUCUGCAGGACUGUGAAGGUGUGACGCCUGGAAUCGUGUGUGUGUGCAUGUGUGAGUGGGAGAGAGACAAGGGGAAAGGUUUUUACAUGCAGUUAUACACUACUAGCCCCAUGUUUUGAUUGGGCGAUGCACCUUACAAAGCGAAGCACUCUGUUGUUAUUGGUGUGUUUAGAGAGUGGCUGUCCGUCUGAUUGGCUGCGAUGUGAUGUCAUCAUGGGUGGGAGGAGCAAGCUGUGUUGGGACAGACUGGGUUUUUGAGGAGUACAACGUUUCAGAAAAAAUAGAAAUGUAUCAUGUAGAGCAGACAGGUUUCUCUAUCAUGUUGAAAAGAGGACCAUGACAGAUCUAUACAUUGUGUUUCUAUCUGUGACGAUCUGAAAUGUUGCAUCUCUCUCGUGUCUUUUUAUCUGCACUGGCCCAGAGGGGCUGUAUUUGAUUAGUUAAAUAAUAUUGUGGCUUUUUCUUUUCAUAUUUUUUUCUUUAUUGUUGUUGCUGUGUAUAUAUUUUAAAGUGUAUUUAUAAUCUGAAUGAGAUUUGUUCUGUUGAUCAGUAUUUUCCAUUGGCCGUGUGAUAAUUAUUACUUUCCACCCUCAUUGUGUAGCAUUGGCAGAGGCUUGGGGUCCAAUGGGGAGUAUGUGUGUGUCCCAAAUGGCACCCUAUUCCCUAUAUAGUGCCCUACUUUCUAUGGACCCUAGUCAAAAGUAGUGCGCCAUGAAAGGGUGCCAUUUGGUACGUGUUACUUAACCUAUGUUUCCAUAGUUGGUUAGUGUGUCAAAAAAGGGGACAGUGUCCAUGUGCUAUGGGGACAAAGGAGUGUCAAAGACCAUUCAAUAUUCUCAUCAGACCCAUUUGAGCGUUUGCACUAUUGCGCAAGGUGUGUACUACCAUUAUGAUAAUAUCAAAAAGAGUUGGUGGUGUCGAGUCCUCGAGCGAUAGGCUCGAGUCUAGGGUUGAGCUUCCAGACACUUCCAGACAGAACAGUGUGACCAUAGAAAUAGAACGAAUGGCCGCCAAUCCACCAUCACAGAACAUUGACUUGAAUGGGAAUGUCCGUUCUAGUAAUUAUAUUUCUAUGGUGUUGACCCACCCCCCCCCCAAAGUCAUUCCGUUCAAGACCAAUAGCUUACAGAAGAGCCCGAGUUACAUCUAGCGUUUCUAGAUCUCAUCAUUUAAUUGACUCUUGUUGUUAUCAUCUCUUCUUCCAAAGAAAACCAGAAGCAAGGCAGCCCCGGCCUCCUGUAGUCAGGCCCCUGGGUCCUGUUCACUAGGUACCAAAUGGAAGAAAAUGGACUGAAACAGGGAGCGAGUUUUUGCUCUUGUCCAAUAAGAAACUGUAAUUUCUGUUUUCCGUUGCUAAACUUUUUCAAACGUUGUGUGCGCCUAUGAACAGGACCCAGAUGUUAAAAAGACAGAGAGAAUAGUUGUGUGUGUGUGUGUACAACCCUCUUCCAGAACCACAGUUUUUGUUUUCAGAAGACUGUAAAACCCAAUUUUGAUUCUUUAGCAUGCUUUUGUUGUGUUUAUCCCAGGACAUGCUAGUUUGUAAUAGUGUAUCAUUGUAAGUGACUGACUGAGGGACACUGGACUGAUGAUUCCUUCCCAGUGUGUCGGUUCAGUCUGUAGUGUGACUGUGUUAAAUCAUCGCAACCACAUCUGAAAAUGAAUUAUUAUUAUUAUUAUUAUUAUUAUUAUUAUUAUACUGUUUCUUAACCAACAUAUUCUUUCCUUCCCUCUUUCUCCUUCUUUGGUCAUUGAUUUAUUCCUUGAUAUGUAAAUAAAAAAGAACAUUUUGUAAUGAAAUGCC